UUCAAGUCUUCUUUUCCCAUCGCUAGAAGCCACGGCAAACGUUAAUUCCCUCAGCCUGGACCUCAGCUCGGCUCACAACCAGAUAUCAGUCUCCUAACACAAGGACUUACGCAAACCACUACUGAGUUGGGAAAGGUUGCCAAUCUUCCCCCAAUUGCUCAAUCCACUGGAAUCCUGCGGCAGAUGCAUCAGAUGCAGCAAAAAAUUCAGCAGAUACAGGAGACGUAGCAGCAGAUGCAGCAACAGAUACAGCAACUCCGCACAGAUAUCACCACAGGCCAUCAGGCAACCGAGUACAAUUCUCUUGCCCGCCUUCAAAACUCUCGUAUUGCAAGAUCCGACAUCCCACUCCGUGAAGUUACAACAAACGCCUAUGUCCAAGGUUCUCCUGCCACACCCGCUCAGCUUUCAAAUAUGUCGGGUCCCGCGCUAGAUCAUGUGUUGACAGCACUAAGCCUUCCUACCAAUGGCGAAACUGCGGAUAAGAAACAGCUGCUGAGAUUCUACGUUGAAUUAAUGGACAUGGUUGCAAUAGAAUUAAUAUUGCUUCAGUUGCGGCUUGCAAAGGCUCUCCAACUUGACUCCAAAAGCAGCGACAGAAAACCUCCAAAAGAGGCCCCGGGCCGAAUAAAAUUGAAACAAACUGCUAAGUCUGAAUCAUCGUCAGAGCGUCCUCAAGACAACGUGUUUCACCAAAACAAAAAGGGUUCGUUGGAAUUGAUGAGCGAAAAAACCGAGGUUACAGCGGCCGUUUUCCGUCGUUUGUGGGUCAUCCCGCCUGCAACUCCCGCCCUUGAGUCUACUCAACCCUUAUCGAUAGCGAAAGAGCGAGAUGACGUCACCCGCUCCCCAAAAAUCCCUCGAAGAAGCAAACAUGAGUGGAAACAAAUGUGGAAAGGAGUGUGGUCCAGACAGCGGGCGGGAUCACCGUGUGAGACUUCUGGGACUCGCGCUAAUGAAAAUUUCUUAACGACGGCAUGUCACUACAGCGCGAUGCUACAGGAGUGGGAAGUACCUAAUUGUGAUUGGUUAGAUAUGAUCGCGAUGUUUAUCAUAGGUGUGAGGUUGGUGAUGCAAUGCCUGAAUACAGCUGGACCAGCCUUUAGGACGUUGCAAGCCGCGUGGUUCAUGCAAUCCCGAACAGAAUGA